CAUAUAUUGAUUGUCGUGUGUAUGCGUUUGUCACAUUCUCUAUGUUCGCCAGAACAGAAGCUGCAGACGAUCACAGCCUCGUUUUCAAUUCGAGGGUGAUUUAUGCAUGAAUGUGUUGAUGCUGUUUUGAAGAACAAGAAGCCAAUGUUGCAAGUUUUUUCUUCCAUUUUGCUGAUUUCAACCUGACACUAAAACCUAUGUAUAAUGUCUCAUGAUCUGCUUCAUCGCCAAAUCGGCUUCGAUUUGCCUUGACGGAAAUACGGAAACAGCAACUCGUCAUGGGUUUUUAGAUAAUAUUCUUAAUUAUCAUUUUGGGAUAUUUAUUAUCUACUGAUGCUUAUACGAAGGAAAGCAAUUUCAUCGGCUAGUUUUAAUGUCCAAUGUCUGAGCUUCCGCCAAAUGCUGUUACCUUCGAUUGGAAUUGUCUCACGGGGGUGAUCAUUUGUGGCGCACACGUGGCACCGUUUGUCAAGAGAGGGAUGACCACUGUUAUGCGAAGACCCUCUGCAACAUCAAACGAUAUACGUAUAGGAAACCACAGAUCAUCCAGUUACGCCACCCCGGGGGAUUCCCCUCCCUCCAGUCCCGCUCAGACAGGGAGUCGGUCUACCAGAGCCUGCUGCUUUUGUUGGUGCUGUUGUUGUACUUGCUCAUGUUUAGCUGUUAAGACGGGAAACGGGUCACCGGGAGGGUCACGUGACAAAACAAUUACUGUACAGAAACCAGACGAGCCCCCAACACCUGAGGAAAUACAGAGUUGGGGAGAGUCAUUUGAUAAACUCAUGAGGAAUUAUGCAGGGAGAAAAACGUUCAGAGAAUUUCUACGCUCAGAAUAUAGUGAAGAAAACAUGCUUUUCUGGUUAGCGUGUGAAGAAAUUAAGCGUGAGGAUAACCCGGAAGUAGUUGAGGAGAAAGCUAGGAAUAUAUACGAAGAUUAUAUAUCUAUAUUAUCACCUAAAGAGGUUAGUUUAGAUUCACGAGUACGAGAAGUGAUAAAUAGGAAUAUGGUCGAUCCUACUCCACAUACAUUCGACGAGGCACAAUUACAAAUAUAUACUUUAAUGCAUCGAGAUUCUUAUCCUCGUUUUUUAAAUUCUCAGAUAUAUAAAAAACUGCUACAGCAGAACUCUUAAUCUUAGGAUUUUCCAAUUACUGUUCAUGUGUUGCAUUAUGUCUACUGUGAGACGAUGACGUCAUAAUAAAAGUGACAGAAGUGAUGUGUGAAAAUGUGUCAGUGCAAUAUAUCUGGUUUUCUAGUCACGUGACGGACCGCUGGUUGCCCCUGUACCAUUCACAUAUAAUGAGAACCUACAAGAUGAACAAGAACGAUAACUCAAAGAGAAAUAUUGUUAUUGACUUUAUGUAAUGUGGUUACACGUAUAUAUACCAUGUGGCUCUUUUUCCAUAUCCUCAAAUCGAUAUGAUAUUUUUCUUACCUAUCAAUGUUGUCUUGUUCUAGGAAUCUGUGAGGCGUACUGGUUAUGACGACCAUUAGUAUUUUCUAAUAGAUAGUUUGGUGAUUGUGCGUUGCCCUCCUUUUACCUUAUUCAAUCAUGCUGACGAUUUGAGGGAUGGGGUGUCUGGUUUAAACACGUAACGGAGAAGAGACUUAUUAUCAAUAUAUUAACUGGGCAUUAAGUUCCAUUUGAAUAACUUGAAAUUACGUUUGCCCUGAAUAAAAAAACUAAUAGGUUGUUAAUUUUGUUUACACAUUCUGAGACCCAGGUAUAACGAUCGCUCAUUCCUAAAUACUUUUUUUUUUUUAAUUUUUCCAUAUUUUAAGUGUUUUAUUUCGAAAUUUAUCGUUGCAAAAGUAUUUUAUUAUAUUCCACUUUCCCAUUAAGUAAGAAUUGUUUUUUGUACUUAAAUUCAUAUCAUAAAGCAUAUUAACAAGAUGUCGCUCAUUCCUGUGUAUUUAGGGUGGAUAAUGUUCCAACAUUUCAGAAAUUUUAUUUUUCGUAAUUACCAACUCCUUUUGUUAUUUUCAAAAGAUUUAUACCUAUACUUUCCAUACAAAACGAAUAUAAAUAGAUUCGGAACGACAGAUGCACAAAUAGAGAGCGUUUGUUGAAAUAAGUAACGGGUUAUCCCAAGAAAGAGAAUAGAAAAGAUUCUUUAUACCUUUAGCAAUCACUGAUGUUAAUUUUAAAAAAUAACCAUUAUUUACUGUGAUGCAUCUUUAAAGAACAGACCCACGGGUUGCUGUGUGUAGGUCUUCGGCAUUUAUAGAAAAAUCUUAAUAUUUUUUUCUUUAUUUUGUUCUUUGUAUAUUUUUUUUUACCUUAGCCAUGAAUAAGGGAAACAUAAACUUUGUGCUUAGAUAUUAUGGCGCCUUUUUAAAACUUAAAGAAAGGUUAAUUUUUAAUCCACUGCAGCUUUACAAAAACAAUGAGAUCAACUCAAUUAUGUCUAGUUGAUGUUCCGUUUUAUUUCACAGGCUAUAUCAGAAACUGAUAAAUUAUUAAAUAACAUGACAAUCUUCUUGGACAAUAUGAACAACAUUACUCAUUUCUGGUUAUGCAUACUUUGAAAAAGUUUCAUGUAUGUCUAUUAGAUUUUAAACAUUGUCACUUGCAUCAAAUGACCUUAAGAAUCUAAUUAUUCAUAAAUUAACUUUACCUAUCCUUUAUGAAGGUAAUUUUUGCCAGUGUUCGGGUUUAUAACUGCUGAAUGGAGAAGCAUUUCCGACACAGUAAUUAGUGAUAAAUUAUUUUGUAAACCCAAAUCUUUGUUAAUGUUUUCCAGCGAUUUAGUUGUGACAUAUUCAUGGAAGUUAUCUUUCAUAGAUUAUUUGUUAAUUUGGAAAUGUAUGUUUUGUACUCGUUAUUACCAGAUAUUUACAAUAUGACCAACUGUAUUUAUCAUACAAUGGAUACAAAGUGCGGUUCAUGUGUAUUAUGUUGCAUAAUAUAUAGGAAUUAAAAUCAACGACUAAGA